UGUAACAAUUACUAAUAAUUAUUACAGUUAUAGACACUCUUGAUUAGAGUUAUAGGAAUUUAUGUGUGCAAUACUUUGAAUUCUAAAUAGUUGACUUACAGUUUAUACCUAUUUAAUAUGCAGAGGCAGGAACUAGUAACUCUAUGCAAAGCAUAAACAUUGCCUCAUUAAAUCUGUCUACACCACCUAAGCAAAGUACGAACAUCACCCCAUGCGGAGAACAUGAGUUCACUCGAGUUGUUCCAGCAGAAUUAAUUCCUAAAGUUGGGCAGAUUUUCGACAGUCUUAAAGAUGCAAUAGACUUUUAUAAUAUAUAUGCUGUAGCAUGUGGAUUUGAUACUAGAAUGUCUACCGAGACUCGAGCAAAGGAUGGCACUAUUGUAUUCAAAUACAUUUUGUGUAACAAGCAAGGAGUGAAGGCAGUGGCUGCAGCAAAUCACACAACUAAUAUUGAGUCGGUUGAGCCAAUUUCCCCAACUCAAAAGAGGAGGAGAAAACUUACACGGGUUGGUUGCAAAGCCAAGAUUGUUUUCCGACUUCAUGAGAUAUCCAAAUAUCGAGUUUGGUCUUUUCAUGAAGGACAUAACCACAAGCUACUAAGUCCUGAAGAAGGACAAUUCCAAAAGUUGAAAAGAAAUUUGACGAUGUAUCAAAAGAAAAUGAUAAUUGAUAACUCUAAACUCAAUAUUGGAGCAACAAAGACGUACCGAAUGUAUAAGGAGAAGGUUGGUGGUUAUGGAAAUGUUGGAGCAACUGUUGGCGACUUCAAAAACUUUGCACGGGAUGUUAGAGCAUACAUUGGAGAACAUGAUGCUGAUAUGUUUAUAAGCACCUUAAGUAGACAAAAGGAGAUGAAUAGUGGAUUUUUCUUUGACUAUGUAGCUAAUGCGAAAGAAGGUUUGCAUAGAGUGUUUUGGGCCGAUGCUUUGUGUAGGAGAAAUUACUUUGCUUUUGGAGAUGUUGUCUCGUUUGAUGCUACGUAUGGAACAAACAUGUACAACUUGGUAUUCUGCCCAUUUACAGGGAUUGACCAUCAUAAAAGGUCUGUGAUUUUUGGUGCUGCUUUGACAUCAAGAGAGAAUGACAAUUCUUUUGUGUGGGUUUUUGAAAAAUUCAAACAAGCUAUGGGCAAUAAGGAACCAAACUUUAUUAUCACUGACCAGGAUCCUGCAAUGAAGAAAGCUUUCCCAAAAGUAUUCAAUGAUGCACAACAAAAAUUCUGCAUGUGGCAUAUUAUGGGUAAACUUACUGACAAGGUGGGGAAAGGGAAAGACAUACAGAUUACAAACUCAACUGAUACAGAAGGGUUAGAAGAGUCGGAACCUAAUGACAUGGUGGGAUAG